UUCGAGACGGGAAAAGAGUUCUCGACGGAAGGAGGCGAGAGAGAGGCAAAGUGAAGAUGGCGAGAGGCUCCCGGUGUUUGAGAAGAGCGGUAGUGGAGUGUAUCAGAAACCUACCAUUCACAGCCAGUCGAGAAACACCGGGCAGGAAUGGAGUGAGAUAUCUGUCUUCAUGUGGGAUUCUGAUGACUCGAGUGCCGCCCCUCUUCAGGGCUGUGUCGGGUCGUGCUGUGGUGGCUCCAGCCAGGAGCUUCUUCAACCUCUCAGAGUCCUUUAACAAGAGAAAGGAGUACUCUGAAAGACGUAUCAUUGGGUACUCGAUGCAAGAAAUGUAUGAGGUUGUGGCCAAAGUAGAAGACUACCUGCUGUUUGUGCCCUGGUGCAAACGCUCAGACGUUAUAUUCCGCCGCUCUGGAUUUUGCAAGGCCAAGCUGAUGGUGGGCUUCCCUCCUGUGGUAGAAAACUACACCUCGCUCGUUACUACAGUGCGCCCGCAUUUAGUCAAGGCAUCUUGCUCUGAAGGAAAACUUUUCAAUCACUUGGAGACGGUGUGGCGCUUCAGCCCUGGUCUUCCUGGCUACCCCCGUACAUGCACCCUUGACUUUUCUAUUUCCUUUGAGUUCCGCUCGCUCCUGCAUUCUCAGUUGGCCACCGUUUUCUUCGACGAGGUCGUGAAGCAGAUGGUGUCGGCCUUUGAGCGGCAAGCGUCCAAGCUGUACGGCCCGGAGACACAGAUCCCACGCGAACUGAUGUUCCACGAGGUCCACCACACGUAGUACAUUCCACAGCUUCAGACGGAUGGGGAGGGGGUUGUUGUUCAGGGAACUGGGGGUUUUACUGAAAGCAUACAUUUAGAGUAUUACAAAGACAGUUGAGAGAGCAGGAGCUCUGUGUGCCUGAAUAUCCUCAGUGCCUGGUCAAAAAAAACAAAAACAGUUGAUUUAAAAAAAAAUGUAUGCUUAAAAAAAACAAAUGAGGCUGGAUCUUUUCAUGGAGAGCUUGAUUGUGCUCACUGAGCCCUGCUCCACUACCUCCAUGUUAACUUUUUAAAACCCGCUAUCAGGAUGGCACCUUGAGCCGUAUAUUUUUAAUAUGAGGACCUUGAGAUGGUUUUUAAAACCGCUGCCAAAAACCAUAAUGGCUUCAUGAAUGGCACAAUAGACAAAGGUCAAGGGUUUCUACGAGAGGACAUUAUUUUGAGAUAUUUUAUGGAAAGAUUGUCAUGUUACACAGUUUAUACGACAGGUGAGUGAUGUAUUUAUUGAAAAGCUUUUAGUUGAUCCUUUAAGAUUUCAAGAAAGGGACGAGGAGACUCAACUUGAGUGUGUGCGUCGCGUGCAGAAGACUGACUGUUGCUGCAGCCAAAUGCACAAAGUGCUAUUAGGGUAUCAAGGCUAUACACUGGACAUCAGGUCUGUUGUAUUCUUGCAUACCAGCACAAAAAAGGGCAUGAAAAAUAAAUGCUACGAGGCUCCCUUUCACCACACUGUCUUGCGUUAUACCAUUUUGCACAGUUUAGUUCUGGCAGUGGUGCUCCAGUUCACUCCUCAGAUGAUUUUAAGUGUCCAGAUUAAAGACUGCUUUUCUCUCCUAGAGGUGUGCAAUAUGUUUGUAUGUUGUUUUUAACAGACUGCUCACCCAUCUAUGAUAUCCACUGCUUCUAAAAGGACCCAAACUCUGGGAAACUUGGAAAACCUUUCCCAGAGCUCUCAUCAGAUUGUAGUGAGGUAUCCGUCAACAUAGACCUUUAAAGAUUCCAGUCCAUACCCUGCUCGCUUCCACAUGCUUACUGCCUUUUACAGAGAAGGUUUCAUAUUAUUUAUCAUUAUCUUAAAAACAUGUAUACGAGUAUCCUGUAUUUAUUUUGGUUAUGGGUUAAUCCACGUGUACAUAUCCAGUGUAAGACCACAGACUAAACUUUAGUGUACAAUUGAGCUAUAUAAAAAAAACAAAUGGAUAAAUCUUUUUUUUUUCUUAUCUUUCUUUUGGGGGUGGGGGGGGUCUCUUUGUUUUAAUUGAGGCGUUUUAAUGAGUGUGUUGUGGGUGAAUAUAUAUCCUGCCUGCAUGGUUUAUAAACUAUUUUUAUAUGUAAAAAAUAGCCUUGUGUCUGUUUGUUUACCAACAUCUGGUUCUGACUAGUUUCCACAUUUAAAAUGAGGUGAUCAUGUGAGGGAUAAUAUUAGAAGGCUUCUGAGUAACCUGUGUCAUGACCCCUAGUGGCCAGUGACAGUGAUGGCCCUCUUUGGCUCUGUUCCAAUUCAAUAUUAGCAUUAUGCAAAUUGUGCAGGAUAUACAGUAUGCUGCCUACUACUAUUAUUUUUAAAUAGUAUGUAAAAAUGUGCAUCCUGCUCACAGAAUACAUCCUGAAGAAAUACUAAUUAAUAGUUUUGUUAUAAUAUUAUUUCAAAAUAGCCAUUGGAAUAGUAAUUAACUAAGCAGAUAGAAGUAUUAUUGUAAUCUAAAGGAACACAUUCAGAAAAUAUUAUUUGUAAGUGAUUACUGAAAGUUACUAAAACACUUUUAAAUGCCCCGUAUAACAUUUUUUUCAUUAGCAGCCACAGCAGAGUGUGAACAAGCCAAUAUUUUUUUUGUUAUUCACUGGUAAUUUCAAAUGUGAAUGCAGGUUGCAAAUCAUUGAAGGCUGAAGGGUGAACAUCUACUUUAAUUACUUAUUAAAAGAGAGUGUUGCUGUAUUAUUCACGUAAUUGUCAACAAGUCCACGACUUAACAUGAAAUCAGAAUGAACCGUUUCUUAACAUGUUCGUAGUCCUAUCAGUACAUAUGAUAAAGGAAUAAAAUGUGUCUAAAUGUAGUUUGCUUCACUUCUAAGAUAAUAGCCUUUGCAGACGUCACCGAGGCUUUGGAAGGGAGUAGUUUGGUAUGGAAUGCCCACUUUUCACAAUCCAAUCCAUUCUCAAAAAUCAAGGCUUGGCCUUAGUUGCGAGUGCCAUUUAAUGCCUAAUUAAUGAUAAAAUGUGUUAAUUGUCAGGCUAUAACACCAUAAGUUUAGUUGAUUUCUACAAAUAAUUUUAAUGUAAAAUCUUUCUGACAAGGAAGCCACUGAUUGGCUGGGACAUCAACAGGACAAAACUCAUUUCUUUGUGAACACUGAAUUUUAUUAAAUAAAAAAUACAGAAUUAAUGACUAUAUUGUACAAAACAUUGUUGGAUGAUCAUUGUUGCACAUUCAUAGAGAAUGUAGCUUUAAAAACAAACAAGUAAUUCUCUUAAUGAACAGCAGUUUUUUUUUAAACACUAUUCUGUACCACUACUCAGAAGUUAGAUCUUUAGAAUAACGUCACACUAAAUGGAUUUAAUAUUUUGUUGGGCAUACACUUGCAUGGCUGUUGUAAAAACUGCUGUGCAACAAGUUCACCCAUCCCUCCACUCAACCUUCCUACCAAACUCUAGUCUUGACCAAAAGAUGUUCAACCCUCAGAUUUCAAAGGGACAGUUCACUCAAAAAUGAAAAUUGUCAUCAACCAAAAGAGAAAAAAAAAGUCCAUCAUGCUGUUUAAUGUUGUUUUGGACCUCUCUGACUUUCAAAAUAUAUAGUGUUCCACAGAAAAAAAUAAGUCAUAGAGGUUUAGAAAAACAUGAAGGUAGGUAAAUGAGUAAAUGACAGUUUUUGUUUUUUGUAGAAAUAUCCCUUAAAAAAAAGAAAACAGGAACACAGAAAAACAUCACAGUUCUUUAAGCCGAUAUCAACAUAUUUCUAUUCCGUGAGAAAAAUUGAAGUAACAACUGAAGGCAAAAUAAGUACUUGCUUCGUCACAGUUGUGUAAUCCUCAAAUGAGGGGUUUAUUUUUAUAUUAAACAAUGAACAGCGUACAAA